GCAAUCAGCAGGGAGGUACCAGACUACUAGCUAAACACAACUGUUAGCGCUGUGUGUUCUGGGUGAAGCGGAUGAGACAGGAUGACUGCGCUGCCGUUCCCCUGUCCUGUUCAUGUGGGGGUUGUUACCACUGGACGUGCACACGCUCGACUGCACAAAUACACUUUGGAGAGAAAUCUGACCAAGUUGGAGAAAUUGCUGAAUGAGGGUGUUGAUGUGGACUGUGUGAAUCAUCUGGGUCAGACGGUACUCUUCUGUGCUGCUCUGUCAGGCCAAGUGAAGGUGACGGAGCUGCUUCUGCAUUACGGAGCUGACCCCAACCAUCGCUGUGAGGACUGGAGCACCCCAGUCCAUGCAGGCGUUGUUUCCGGUAACUCUUUAGUGGUGAGUGGCCUGCUGGAUGCAGGAGGAGAUACCAGACUCCAUGAUAGAGAAGGCAGGACACCCUUUGACUGGCUGAGGUCUGUGAAGCCAGAAGUCAGAGCUAAGACAGCUUUCUUCCCCGUGGACCACACGGGCGACGAAAUUGCAGUGGGACUAAUGGAAAGUCUCCAGUCCUGGAGCUUGGAUCCGAAAAGGAUGGUGUGCAUCACUACAGAUAGUGGAUCAAACAUCAUAAAAGCAUCCGACAUAAACAACUGGACAAGGCUCCAGUGUUUUGGCCACAGGCUACAUCUGGCUAUAGAGAAUUCAAUGAAAGAUGAACGAAUCAGCCGUGCUAUGGGGGUCUGCAAAAAGAUAGUGAGCUGCUUCAGCCACAGCUGGAAGCGGAAGAGAGAGCUUGCACAAGCACAAAAGGACCUCAAUCUACCUGACCACAAGCUCAAAACGGAUUGCCAAACAAGAUGGGGAUCCCGUCUAGCUAUGGUCAACAGGGUCCUUGAACAACAAGAGGCCAUUACACGAGUUCUCGCCCGGAACACUGACCGGAACAAGUUCGCUAGAGGUAACAUUCUGACAUGGCAAGACAUACAGGUUCUUGAGGUGAUUGACAAGACACUAACACCACUGGCAGAAUUCACAGAUGCGCUCUCAGGGGAGCAAUAUGUGUCUGUCUCCUCUGUGAAGCCAGUCCUCCACCUCUUCGAAUCACUGAUGGCAGUGAAGGAAGACGACCCUGCACUCGCUCGCUCGAUUAAAACAACCAUCCUGCAGUACCUUCAGGAGAAGUACAGUGAUCCAAAGACACAGGCGCUGCUCGACAUAGCUACAAGUCUGGAUCCAAGGUUCAAACUGGACUAUGUCAGCGAGGACAACAAAACCACUGUCAAGACCAGACUGAAGGAUGAGAUGACUAGCAUCGUUACUAUGGAGAGUCUCAGCCUCACUCCCACCACAGCUUCCUCCAGUGCCACGCCCCCCCCUGGUGGGAAGAAGAGAAAGACCUUAGAUGCAGACUUUCCUGGAGAGUUGCAUGUCCUCCAUGCAGCAGCUGAGUCAGAGCCCAGAACGGACCAGGCUCUCCUGGAGCCCAUCCAAAUCAUCCACAUCCAUCAUGUUACACCCUGUAUCUCUCUCCUGGAUCGCAUAAAAACAAUUGGAUGUGACAUGCAGUUAAACAAGAGGACAAACAGCAGGUCUUCCUGUGUGUCAGCCUACUGUUUAGGCUUUGGAAAGGUUUGUGUCAACAAGCAGUGCCAGGCAUUAGCUGUGCCAGCAUCUAUUCCUCUGAUCAGAGAUAGUGAUCUGACCCCGGCUGAUGAUGAACCUGUGCUGACCUUCACCUGUGGCUCUUUGGCCUCAAUGACCAACUGGAGGGGCUCAAGGGUGACAGUAAAAACACUAAGGGACAGUCGCACAGCAUAUCUGGACCUGCUGCUCAUAGAACAGGAAUACUGCAGCCAGCUGUUCCACCCGCAGCUGCUGCAGCUGAUGGCAGUGAGUCUGUCUGAUGACCUCAUGAGAACCAGUUUGGUGUUUGAACCAGUAGAAAUUGGCUCUCUGCACAACCUGCUGCACAACAGGCGUGCAGAGUUUCCCGUGCUGCAGGAGAGGUGGCUGCUGUCGGUGCUGCUGCAGGUGGUCGAGGGUCUGCAGUUCCUGCACAGGGCGGGUCUGGUGAUGAGGAGCCUGUCUUCACACUCUGUGGUCCUCACAAAGCUCACUGUGGCCAAACUAACAUGUUUAGGCUUCAUGGUCCCCAGCAGUCAAAGGAAAUGUGUCAAACCCCCCAUGCACAUAGUCCUGCCCCCCAGUCUCUACAGAUGGGCGGCUCCAGAGGUCAUCAAGCAGCGACCGUGCACAGUGCAGGCGGACAUCUACAGUCUGUGUGCUCUAAUCCAGGAACUCUACACAAACAGUGAACCAUGGGGCACAGCAGACCUGGACACUAUCAAGAAGGAGAUAGAUGCAGGACGGGUUCUGGCAGCAGAUAGCAGGCUUCCACAGCCGUACUAUGAUGUGGUGCGGACAGGCCUGCAGCCCCCCCCACAGGACCGCAGCUGCAGCCUGCAUAGUCUGAGCUGCACUCUGCAACAGGACAUCCAGAGGUUUUCCCUGGAGGAAGAGUUAAGCACGGACGCAGAAGAAGAUCUGGAGCCUGAGGUCAAGACCCCGAACUGGCAUACCAUCGUUGGGGAACCAGAAGAGAGCGGUACUGAGCACAACACAAACUUAAAGGCUUCCCAUGUUAUGGGGAAAGAUUUGCCUCACUUUGUCCACAGACCCACAUAUGUGCAGAGACAGGUUUUCCUGGGCCAGCAGCUGCUCAGAGAGCCAGAGCUGGAGAGAGAAAGGGAUGGAUGUACAGAGGGAGAACCUGUCCACCAUCAGGUGUACCCUUACCCAGAGCCAGUUAUUGUUGAGGAAGAACCUGAAGCGGAGACAGACACAGACGGGGAAAUGGUGGAGCAGCUGGACGACCUUCGGCUGUCAGAAAGAGAAACGGAUCAUCAGAUCAGCACCGUGGCUGUCAACCUCAAAGUGAGCUGGGAGCUGCUGCAGCAGGCCAGCAGGAGCCUGGACACAGUGGAGCAACACAUAGAGGAGGACCCACUGGACCAACUGCUCAGAGAUGCUCCAUCUGAUAUCCAAACAGAUUCCUCCAGCAACUAUUCAGGAGUCCGUUCGGCUGUUGGACCACCUUCAAAGAGGUACAGUGUGAUACCUCAGGGAGGAGAGGAUUGGGGGAGGAACCUGGAGGCCCAGCUCCUGACCAGAGAGUGGGAACUGCUGAGCCAGGAAGAGCUGGCUUUAUGGCUCAGUUACUACCCCCUUAAAGAGCAUGAGGAAGAGGAUGGUGGGUCCUCAGACCACUACAUGACAGUGGCUGCUGAUCUCAGCACAGAGGAGCAGAGCCACUACAUGUCAGCUGUGGACGGCAGCCUUCCCUAUAUCAUUUCUGGGAACAAGCAGCAGACAUCCAGUUCAGAAGAAGAUGCAGAUGUUACUGUGGAAGUGUGCAAGCCUGCACCAAGGGAGAGUCGCCUGCAGGAUACUCACAACACUCACGAUGAAAACAACUUUGAGGAAAUAGACACUGAUCCAGAUGUCAGUGGAACACUGGCUCAAUGUACACCCAAAACUAACAUGUAAGAACACUAACAUGCUAGCUUUAUAUUGUAGGUGCAUUGAUGGCAAAGAUACGUUACUCCACAGGGACAAUAUAUGAUACUUCAGAAAUAUAUAAUGUACAGCAUGU